AUGUCUCCGGGCAAUCGCCAACUCACUCAAACGCAUGGCUUGGUUGGAAAGCCAUUGCUCUAUUUUACAAGCGUUUUUGUGUCAUUAGGUGUCUUCUUGUUUGGAUAUGACCAAGGUGUAAUGUCUGGAAUUAUAACAGGCUGGUACUUCGAAGACUACUUUAACCACCCAUCACGAGCAGAACUCGGCACCGUCGUCGCAAUUCUAGAAGUUGGAGCUUUUAUUUCCUCAUUGCUCGUUGGGAAAAUUGGCGACAUAAUUGGUCGCCGCAAAACUAUUCUAUAUGGUUCGAUCGUUUUCUUUGUAGGCGGUGCACUCCAAACUUUUGCGACAGGGAUUCCCAUGAUGAUGGUUGGCCGUAUAGUUGCGGGUUUGGGGGUCGGAGCAUUAUCAACUAUCGUCCCUGUAUAUCAGUCUGAGAUAUCGCCGCCUCACAAUAGGGGGAAAUUGGCGUGUAUCGAGUUCACCGGAAACAUCUUUGGAUAUGCCGCUAGUGUCUGGGUCGACUAUUUUUGUAGUUUCAUUGACAGUGACUUUUCCUGGCGCCUACCGUUACUUCUGCAGUGUGUCAUGGGGCUUUUGCUUGGAUUGGGAAGCCUUAUUAUCUGUGAAUCACCAAGGUGGCUCUUGGAUAAUGACCAUGACGAGGAAGGCAUGGUGGUUAUUGCAAACCUUUGUGGCAAAGGAGAUCUUCACCAUCCCGAGGCUCAAAAGGAAUAUAGGGAGAUUAAAAUGAAUGUCCUCAUCACACGCCAAGAAGGGGAACGAUCUUACAGCGAUAUGUUCAAAAGGUACAACAAGCGGGUGUUAAUUGCAAUGUCUGCACAAGCGUUGGCGCAGUUGAAUGGGAUAAAUGUUAUCUCAUACUACGCGCCGCAUGUUUUCGAGUCUGCUGGGUGGGCGGGACGUGACGCUAUUCUUAUGACUGGGAUAAACGGUUUGUCGUAUCUCGCAUCAACAAUCCCUCCAUGGUAUCUCGUGGACCGAUGGGGCAGACGUCCUAUACUCCUUUCUGGUGCCUUGGCUAUGGCCCUUUCUCUUUCAGCAAUAUCUUAUUCCAUUUUCAUUGAUAUCGGAGCCACACCCACCCUCACCGUUAUUUUCGUUAUGGUUUAUAAUGCCGCGUUCGGCGCUUCAUGGGGACCAAUACCGUGGCUCUAUCCUCCCGAGAUUCUUCCUUUGAGUAUUCGCGCUAAGGGUGCAAGUCUCAGCACAGCUACCAACUGGGCUUUCAACUGGCUGGUCGGCGAGGUUACGCUUGUCCUCCAGGCCGCGAUAAAAUGGAGGCUCUAUUUGGUCCACGCAUUUUUUUGCGCUUGUAGCUUUGUUGUUGUUUGGUUUCUUUACCCUGAGACAAGCGGUGUCCGUUUGGAAGACAUGGAUGUCCUCUUUGGCGAUGCAACUACAGCUAUGCCAACCCCGGCCACUCAAGGGGAACAUGGCUCUCUUAUGAGUGCUGGGUCACCAAUACCUUCUCUUGACAUUAGACGCCAAUAUGGCCAGCAUGGAGCUGAAAGUGCCAUUCCCGGAUUAAACAUCAACCCCCCCAAUAUUACAAGCGACAAUAAUGGUAAAAGUCCGCAAACGGGGCCCCAAGGCGAAAGCAGAGGCCGUUCUGAAGGACUAGGUGGGUGGAUAUCGAAUAUAGUCAGCCGCAACAGGGGACCAUCACAUCGUGCACAAGACUAUAGAAGGCUAGAAGACCAGGAUGCAGAGAUUGAGCAUUAA